AUGGAAGAAAACACACAGAGACGAACAAGAGUGCGUUUUACGCCACAAAAUACUCAAUAUCUUGAGACAAUGUACACCCAGCAGCGCUUUCCCGACAAAGAUAUGAAAGCACAGAUUGCGCAAGCUCUAGAUGUGACAGAGACUCAAGUAACUAACUGGUUUCAGCGACGACGGAAAAAGGAAGCACUCGAGAACAACAACAAUCACAGGAAUAACAAUAACGUACCGAUACAACAACUAUCCAACGUUUAUGCCACAUCACAAGAGCAAUCAUCGUUCCACGUUGAGCGUCCCAAUCAUGAAGUAUUAGCUGCCACAGAAGUACCAGUCGCAGACCCAGAAGAAGAUCCUCAGUUAUCAGAUACGACCAUGACAGACAUGCAAUCUGAACACCCUGCACAGAAUCUAGCAGCAUUCUUAAAUCCAUCGAUGGCUUUGAGAUCGAUCGACGUAGUGCGAGAGUUUGUGCGAUACAUGAAAGAUGAAAAAAACGUAUCAACUCGGGCAGCCAUACUUACUGCCGUGUAUAAUACAACUACUGAGGAGAUUUUGAAAAGCUUCAUCGAUAACAAGGGGGGUCACGUCUUACGCGCAUGGCUUGUGGAAGCAACAAAAGAGGGUAGCCCUCUUCUGCUUAAACUAUUGGAAGUAUUAAACCAUUUACCAAUGGACACCGAUAGCCUGAAAGCAACUCAACUAGGGAAAGCUGUGAAUAAUAAAGCAUUAAAAGCUAGCGAUCAAAAAGGUGAUCUCGAAGUAAGAGAUAUGGUUGAGCAGAUAUUGGAGAAGUGGAAGAAGAAGAUUCGAGAUGAAGAAGAUGCACAGAAGAAAGCGCAAAGCUCGUUGACGACCGAAUCAAGUUUGGAUAAUCUGGAAGCAUUGCGCCAAAGAGCACAAUCCACUAAAAGGCCUGCACCAGAGUCAUUACGGAAACCGGUCUUAGCAGGGCAAUCAUCGCCACCAAGCAUAAAAAUAAUAUCCAAAACAAGACCGACUCAACCAUCUUCCACGAUAUUGCGAGAUGGAGCUAAAGCUGUCGCAACAACAAACAAAGGAUUUUUUGAUGAAUUACUCGCUCCAUCGCGAGCGGGCAAAGCUACACCUCAGUCAUCGAUACCAUCGGCAUCUUCGACGUUGUCUUGGAUGCCCGUUACAGGCCGAAGUGAUAAAGAGACGUCGAAUAAACUAGCUGAUCAGGAGCAACUAGAUAAAUCAAGUUCAUCGGCGGCUAGGACAUUUUUUGAGAGUGCAUUUGCCAGCAGCAAGAUACAAGAGUCAUCUACUGCUUCAUCGGCUUUUAUAUCUACCGUAGGACUGUCCUCUUCUGAAACAUCAACUAGUAAUAGUGAUAAGGUGGAUAUAGAUAAACCAAAGAAGAGGAAGAGGGUCACGUUUGCACCGGAUAAUGAACUGAGAAAUAUCAGAAUUUUUGAAGUUGACGAGAUGGAUGAUGCGAGUAAGCAGUCAACGGCAGCAGAAAUACCUCAUCAAUUCGGGAAUGCAAGAGAUCUGGAAAGGAACGAGGGACUUACCGCUUUCAAACGAGCGCGUAUGUCACCUAGCAUCGAAUGGUACCCACCAAAAGAAAUACAUUUCGAUGAUAUCGAAUUACCCGUAUGUGAAAGCGAAGAGGCUAAACUAUUUGAAGAGAGAAUUAGACACAUUCUGGAAGAAACCUACAUAAAUCCGUCUCAAAUACCAGAAAGUCCUGCUGAACCUAAUGAGAUAUUGAUGGAAGAUGAGGCUAAUAUCAAGGAAAUUCCAUUGGAAGACCAGACACUCAUAACAGAGAAUGAUACGCAAGUAGACAGUCAUCUACCUGCUGCGCUUACUCGACUAAAAUUUAGACCAAUGCAAUUGGAUCUCUUAAGACAAAUGCAAUCCCAAAUUUCCAACGUUCAACAAAACCCACUAUUCAACAUGAACAUUCCAAUAUAUCCUAUGGAACAGAUCCCAUCUCUCUCAAUCAAUCCUCAGCAACAACCUCUGCUACAACAACCUCCGCUACAACAACCUCCAUUACAACAACCACUUCUACAACAGCCGCCUCUACAACAGCCGCCUCUACAACAACCACCCUUACAACAGCCACCGUUACAACAACCACCUCUACAGCAACCACCUCUUCAACCACCUCUACAGCCUCCGCUACAACCUCCGCUACAACCUCCUCCGCUACAACAACCCCCGCUACCCCCACAACAACAAGGAGAAUGGCGCGAUGGACGAUCGAUGAUGUUUCAUCAUCCUCACCAAAUACCGCACGGCGAAUACAACAUUCCGCCUCCACAUGGCGCGUCGCAUUCGGUAGGAAUGCAUUAUGGUGCCACGGCUCCCCUACCACCGCCUCCUGGGCAUCUUUUACAGCCACCAUCGACGCAACCGCAACAGGACACUCGCCCACUCGACUGGCAAUCUCAUGAAGACCGACGUAAUGUGCGUGGUCGCAAGGUAAGCUAUUCGGCCGCUGGGAGGGUGUAUUCAGGGUAG